AUGAGCUCUCAAGAAAACGAUAUCAUCACUGCUCGACUCGUGCAAAAGAAACAUGGAUGGUCUGAAGGAGCGAACAUGGAAAGAGAGCCGAAAGUUGCAUUUGCAACGAUUGAGGACCCGAACAAGGGAGGUUAUGAAGAUGAUGAUGACGGCCAGGAGAUUACUAUUGACCAGGCGUUGUCGAGCAUCAACGGAUGGGGGAGGUUCCAGCAUUGGAACACAUUGUUGAUGGGGUUAGUAUGGUUCGUUUCAGGAUUAUUUAGUUUCGGCCCAGUUGAAUGGGGUUCAAAGAUGAUGGCAGCGACGAACUGGGGAGGUUGUGAAGAAGAACAGUUUGCAAACACCAUGUACUACGCGUCACAGCUACUUGGCAACGCAAUCUUCGGGCCCUUUUCGGACAGCUUUGGGAGGAGAAAGGCUCUUCUUGCUACUGUCUCUCUUCUCGCAGCUGGGGGCCUUCUCUGCUUCUUCUCGCGGCACUUCAAUGUGUAUGUUCUCUCACGCGUCAUGACAGGAGCAGGAGCAGCCGGUGGAACACUUGUGACCAGCGUGCUGAUCUCUGAGGUCGUCUCGGCCGAUGCUCGAGCGCUGGUCGUCUGCUUUUACCUUCAGAUCGGCUUCUCCAUUGGCGUCAUAUGCGCCAUCCCCACCAACCUCCUCACCGACGACUGGAGGACAGAAGUUGCGGUCCCUACCUUCCUCACCCUCACCAUCCUCCCCAUCCUCUUGUUCGACGUGCGCGAAUCUCCGAGGUUUCUUUUGGCCAAGGGCAUGACAG